AUGGGCCGCUGUAGUUUUUAUUAUCAUUAUUAUUAUUUCGGCAUUUUAAAGGCUCAUGUGAAUGCCAAGGUAGUUAAAGGAAACAGAACUGCCCUAAUGAUCGCCGCUGCAAAAGGUUAUGCAGAUGUGCUUCGAGUUCUUCUCUCGCACGGAGCCUCAGUUCACGCGGCCGACGAAAAUGGCAACUUUGCAAUUCACUUUGCCACCAUUCACGGCCAGUUGGAGUGUGUUAAACUCCUAAUGGACAGAGGGAGUCUCGCAAACGUGGGAAAUUCGAAUUUUAUAAAUCCCCUUAUGUUGGCGGCUAGGUAUGGUCGUUCUCACAUUAUCAAAUACCUUCUGAGGAGAGGAGUUAAUUUAUCCUGCCAACUGAACAAGUUCAUGGAAUCAGAACUUACAUUUGCAGUUCGAAAGGGUCGUUUACGGGUUGUUCUACUCUUCUUGAAGACUACAAAUCCCAAUGUAGACCGAAAGGCAGAGCUCAAUCGUGCUCUGUCAAUUGCCAUUAAGCUAGGCAGACUCAAAACAUCGAAGGUCUUAAUAAAAUUCGGUGCGGAUAUAAACAGCAUAGAUGAAGGCAGCAAGUCGUCUGUCAAUUUGGCAAUCCUGAGAAGCGGAUUCAAUCUCACCGACUAUCGGAUUUCAAAUGAAGCCGGACUUACACCUUUAAUGUUUGCUAUUCAAAUGGAACGCGUCGAUAUUGUCAGAACUUUAAUUAAAGCAGGAGCCGAUAUUCAUGCCAGAUACGGGAACACCGGUCAGACAGCAUUGGAAAUGGCCAGAAAGGCUAAAAAUAAAGACAUUCUGAAGGUCUUUGAGAAAGAACUACGGACUUGCAUUGAGAAAUCCUGUUCUUCAGCCAAAUCAUAA